AUGGGGACAGAUGAUAUGAUGAUGGCGGGGGGGUUGCCUUUUGCUAGCCCGUUGCAUCCUCCCAGGGCUGUGUUUGCGGAUAUGGAUCCGUUUAAUGCUGGGGUAGGGGGGGGACAUUCGAGAAGGGGUUCGGAUGGGAGUGUUGUCGCGCCGGGGUCAUCGCAGGUGAGGGCACGGAGUGGGAGUCCGGCGCAUCGGGCUAGGCAUGCUUAUCGGGCGAGUAUUGCCAUGGGGCUGGAGCCGUUACCGCAUGUGGGGAGUGACGCGCCGCCUCUGCCCGGGGACAGGACGUCACGGGUGCCGAGUACGGGGUCUGGGUCGAGCAGCCCUGGGUUUACCGGUGGGAUAUACGGGCCGGGCGGGCUGAGGGCGAGCAGGUCGGCGGUGAACUUGACCGGCCAGCAGGGGCAGCAGUGGCAUGUGGGGGAUACGCAUAUGGGAAUGGGAUCUAGGAAGUCGAGUUAUGGUGGUGCUGGGGGUUUGCCCGGGGGGGCACCACCUGCUAUUCCUGCCGCAGGGCAAGGACACUCGAGGGAAGGGUCUCAGGGUGGGAGCACGUUUGAUGAUAUCUUGAAGGGAAUGGAUACGGGAAAGAAGAAGAAGAAGGGGUUGUUUUUCUGA